CUUUUUUUUUGGAUAGCGGUUCUUCAUGCUGGAACUCCCCUUAGUGGCUUACUGUGUGCCAUAGCAUCACAAAAGCAUCCCCUGUACUUGUAAUAGGAAGGGCAUAGUGAGCGGUUCCCAUGGUACUUUUGCAAAGACGCGACCGCUUGGCUGAAGCAGCAUCCUGGUUUCAUUUGUGUUAUUAGCCGCCCGCAUGUCCAUAAGUGUGCGCGCAACGCUCAGUAAAGGAGCAACAAGUCCACAGUCGACAAUCUGGAAACAAAAGCCGCGCACUUCUGUCCAGUCAUCCAGCUGUCCGUUGAGAUAGCGCUAGCUGUCCAGUGAGGCACCUCGACCUCUUUAGCAGAAGUGUCCUAAAUCGGACUCCACUGUGCUGAAAUGUGACGUGUCUCGGCGACAAAGAGGGGGCGUGGCUGAUUGGACGGUGCAGCGGAUAAGCGAUGUGCUGUGCGACUCUCCCCCCUUGCUCUUCACGACCCCCCCCCCCCUCCAUUUUUUAUUUAUUUAAUUGGUCCCCCGGGAACAGGAGCAAGCGGUCUGGAGGCUGGGCCAGUUUGUAGCCGCACGCAUUUAAUUGGCUGACUCCACCGGAGGAGUUGCAAAACAUCUCCCUGCUCAGAAAAUACAUAUACCAAAAAGAUUAAAAAAAAAUACCGGGUACCCAAGCUAUUAGAGAAACGCAAAGUUGAGUAGAGGCGCAUAUAACUUGCACAGAGCCAAGAAGUGAUUUUAGAAAGGAAUUACUAGUAUUAUUAUUUUGGAAAUAAACACCCUCGAUCGUAUUGUUUAAGUACAUCCCCUUCCAGUCCUUUGCAAAAUAGCCAAGAAAAAAAAAACACAAGAGAAGCAUUGAACAAACCCUGGAGAGACGGGGACUGGCAAGUCCUUGCUUAUCGACAGCAACUGUGCGGAUUCGAAUUUUGGUGUCUAACGUUUUAAAAUUCCGGAUAAUAAGUGAAGGGCAAAAGCCAAUUAAUGUUUUUUUUCACAGAAUAACGGCGAUUCAUUCAGUGGUGUCUGAGCAGCUACAAGAGGGAGCGUGAAGGAAAAGUUGCCUCUGCAGAGGCUCUAAGCACAUCCUGUGGACCCCGAAACGGAACUGGUAAAGGUCCGGCCGAUAGAUGCCUGCGAAAAUGGAAAGUUGUUCCUUUCUUUGAAUGAAUUUGUAUCCUAACAAGGGACUUCCGUGGAAUACGCAGAAGGCGAUUUGGAGUUGGUGGCCACGCUGUAAAACUGGACCAGGUGCGGGGGUCAGUACGAAUCUGCUUGGACGGAGCAUUUUCAGGUGCAGCAACAGAAGGAUCGACAACUUAAAUCCACUGGCUGGAACUGGGUGGACAACUGGGGAAAUCGUGAUACGGAUUAUAGCUGGACCAUUCAGAACAGAAGUGGAGUCCCACGAAUCCUGACCGAGGAGCCGCUCAGUCCUAAAGCUCCCACCUGUCCGAAAGGUUAUGCCAAAUUGGAACUGAAUAUGGAGCUUUUCUGGAUUUUAUUAUUUUCGGCUCUUCAUUACAGCGUGAAAGGACAAGGAGUUUACGCUCCUGCAAAUGCUCAGAUUGCCCACUCAGGCCAGGCCUGUGUAGUGAAGGAUGACAAUAUCAGCGAGAGAGUCUACACAAUUCGGGAAGGUGACACGAUGAUGCUGCAGUGCUUGGUGAAAGGUCACCCAAGACCAGUGGUACGAUGGACAAAGACAGCUGGCAGCGCAUCAGACAAGUUCCAAGAGACUUCCAUGUUCAACGAAAGUCUGCGCAUUGAGAAGAUCCAGCGGAUGCAAGGGGGCCGAUAUUACUGUAAAGCUGACAAUGGGAUCGGGGUGCCUGCCAUCAAGUCCAUUCGAGUAGAUGUGCAGUAUUUGGACAAACCGAACUUGACCGUUCACCAGACAAUAAGUGAUGUCCGUGGAAGCUACUAUCAGGAGAAAACUGUUUUUUUGAGGUGUACUGUCAAUUCCAACCCCCCGGCUCGUUUCAUCUGGAAACGUGACUCUGAGGUGAUCACUCAUAAUCAGGACAAUGGGGUGGAUAUCUAUGAGCCUCUUUACACUCAGGGGGAAACAAAAGUGCUGAAGCUGAAGAAUUUACGGCCACAAGACUUUGCCAAUUACACCUGUCAAGUUUCGGUCAGGAAUGUGUGCAACAUCCCAGACAAGUCUGUCACAUUUCAACUUACCAACGCUACCUCACCACCUUCAUUAAAGCUGUCAGUAAAUGAGACCUUGGUGGUAAAUCCAGGUGAAAAUGUAACAAUUUCAUGUCUAGUGAUCACCGGCGAGCCAAUGCCUACCAUCUCCUGGACUCACUAUCCUGGUCCUAUGCCUCCCCUGACACGUAUUCAAGGUGGAACAAUCACACUGUGGAAUGUUCAAGUGCAGGACUCUGGAUAUUACAACUGUACCGCAGUCAACAAUGUGGGCAACCCUGCCAAGAAGACAGUGAACCUGAUUGUGAGAGACAUGCGGAAUAUUACAUUCCAGAUCACUCCAGAUUCAAAUAAGGAUAGCGAGACGAUUGAAAUGGAGAAGGAUGUAAAACUUUCUUGCCAUGUGGAUGCACAACCCCAGGACAGAGUGAACUAUACCUGGUACAAGAAUGGCAUGCCUGUACGCACUUCUAGCUCUCUGGUCAUCAUCCGUAACGACUUUGACCUCGCACCCGGCACAUCUAGCCUAGAGAUCCUUGACCUGAAGUUUACGGACUUGGCCACCUACAAAUGUGUUGCUUCAUUUCCAGGAACGCCUAUUCCUAAACUACAAAUAGAGAUGAAUGUCACCGACAAAAGUGUAAAACCACCCACUUUAGCUGUACCACGUGGUCGUGGUAUAAUAACAGUGAGAGAAGGAUCUCGUGCAGAUCUCCAGUGCGAUUUAACAGGAAAUCCUCGACCUCCUGUGUUGUGGUCCCGUGCAGACAAGGAGUUGCCUAUGCCCAAUGGAGAAUGGAUUGUGGAGACUAAAGAUGGACGACUGCGUCUAGAGAAUGUUACACGAGAUAUGACUGGCACAUACCGCUGCCAGACAGCAAGAUACAAUGGGUUGAACAUCAAGCCACGAGAGGCUACAGUCCAGCUGAAUGUUCAAUAUGCCCCUGUUGUAGAUCCUCAGUUCACAGACAAGCGUUUCAAAACUGGAACCAGUGCAACACUACGCUGUUCAUUGCUGAAAGGAAACCCCCAGGCCAUUGCCACAGCUACAUGGCGCCUUAACAACCGCUUGGUCCGGUCUGGUCAAACUGACUCAAAAGAUGUUUCAGAGUUAAAAAUCGAGGCUGUGAACCAAGAUACAAUUGGAACAUAUGAGUGUAUGAUUUCCAAUGAUGUUGGGUCUUCCUCUUGCAUUUUCUAUGUAUCUGCUAGAGCUUACAGCCCUGAAUUUUACUAUGACACCCCAAAUCCAAUUCGAGUGCAGAAGGAAAAAAACACUUACUCCUUUCUUCUACAGUGGACCCAAAAAGAUGCAUAUGCAGUUGAUCCUGUUAUUGGGUACAAGCUGGACUUCAGACAGCUAAAGUACCAGACUUCCAUAUCAAAACAAAUUUCUUCCACAUUGAAUAGAAAGGGAGAUCUGAUGGAGUACACCCUUGAUGGUCUAAAGAUCAAUGAGAGCUAUGAGGUACGGCUUACGCCUAUCACCAACUACGGAGCUGGAGACCCCACCACACGGUUAAUACACUAUAUUGAGCGUGAGUAUUCCAGCUACAUAGCUGCAGUUUUCCACUAG